AUGUCAGCAGAAAAAAAUUCAGCGAUUGAUCUUCGAUCAGAAUUUAAUCGUUUAGAUUACGAUAAAGAUGGUUAUAUAACAUUAAAAGAAUUUCGUGAUUAUCAUGAAAGAACAAAUAAAGAUGGAACGGCUAUUGAAAAAGCAUUUGCUGAAAUUGAUGCAGAUAAUGAUGGAAUGGUUACAUUUGAAGAAUUUGAACGUGCCUAUAAACGAUAA